CAUGUCUCGAUAGCCUGCUGGGAUAUGGCGAGUGCCGUGUGACAUCUGUACAGAUAGCCAUGUUGGUGCGAGGACAGUCGUCCUUACGGCAAUGCGAGCGGAGCUCCGUGUUCCUGACGCCAUGCGCCGGUCACGUGCUCGGUCUCCGUCUCCACUUUUCGUCAUCAUGACCAAUCAGGUCGGAUUGUCACGAAUAUCGACCGAUAUCGUCGUCGAAAGGCGUGUCCACGAAUCCAAUUGUAGUAUCCACGAAUCAAGAUGUAGGCGCUUAAAGGGCAUAUAAGGGCAGACUUUGCCAUUCAGUACGGCACUACCUAUCUUCAAACUCCUCAACAUCAUGUCGAGAUCCUUGGACGAUCGGAUUGUUAUCAUCGGAGCUGGAGUGUUUGGCCUUUCGACGGCAGUAUCCCUCAGCGAACAAGGAUACAAGGACAUCACUGUGCUCGACCGUCAUGUUCCACCAGUCCCAGAUGGCUCCAGCGUUGAUAUUUCCCGGAUUAUUCGAUUUGACUACGGAGAUCCAGCAUAUACUUUGAUUGCGAAAGAAGCCUUUGACUCAUGGGCCACCUCCACAUAUACAUCGAACGGGAUCUUCCAAAAAACUCCCCUCGUUAUGGCCGCAAAUACAAAGAACCUACGCGCACGAUCGUGGAUAGAUCGGUGCAUAACCCAGCUUGCAGACAAGAACCUUCCAUACGAACGCUUAGAUUCGGCCUCAAGCACGAAGGACUUGUUCCCAAUGCUCUCUGGACCCCUGAUUCAACCAGACUUGUUUGGCUACUGCAAUCGCUCCGCUGGCUGGGCUGAUGCGGCAAAAGGAGUCUUACACUUUCGCAAUCUUUGCAUCGAGAAAGGAAUUUCGUUUGUCAGUGGUGCCCACGGAACUGUCACUGGCUUUGACACAGACGCCCAAGGCGAAAUUGUGGCUGCACGAACAGCUAGCGGCCGUAAGGUCGAGGCUGAGCACUUUGUUCUUGCAGCUGGCGCAUGGUCGAAUAAGCUUGUCCCAAUGUAUAACUCCACGCUUGCUACCGGGCAAGUGUUAGGCUAUAUCAAGUUGACGCCCGAGGAGAUGGUGCGUCUGAAAGACAUGCCGAUAUAUAUCAACACAGAAACUGGCUGGUUUGUGUUCCCACCACACGAAGACACUGCUCUCUUGAAAUGCGCAGUACAUGGCUGGGGCUACACAAGGAGCGAGACUCAGGAGCCAUCAUCACCAAUCGCUGCGCCACGCAGUGAACGAGUCAACUUUGCGCCUGCUGAUGGCGUGCGGAGAUUGAGGGAUGGCUUGCGGGAAGUGUUCCCUGAAAUUGCCGAACGCGGUUUUGAUAGGACUGCGGUGUGUUGGUACAAUGAUACUCCAACAGGCGACUUCAUCAUGGACUACCACCCGGAUCAUCCAAACUUGUUCGUAGCGACCGGCGGUAGCGGACAUGCUUUUAAAUUCUUGCCAGUCCUAGGCAAGUACACAGCUAUGGCGUUUACUCGCUCCCUGCCAGCAGAAUUGGCGCAGAAGUGGAAGUUCAGAACAGAGUACAAAUCGCAGAAGGACGUGUUUGCAGGAGAUGGAAGUCGAGGAGGACCUGAACGACGGGAGUUCACGAAGGAGGAAAAGGCAAGAUUGUAACACGAAGCGAAUGUUAUGAUAGUACUGUACUGUGAGACAUA